AUGGAGUCCUCCAAAGUAUUUCUCUUGUUCUUCUUUCUCUCUGUUAUUCAGGUCGUCUUUGUAACCAGUACUGAGUUUCAAGUCGGUGACAAGAGCAAUGGGUGGGAGGUCCCCAAAUCAAAGAGUGACCAAGAUAUGUACAACGAGUGGGCUUCCAAGAACAGGUUCAAAGUUAAUGACACUCUCAAUUUCAAUUUCAAGAAAGACGCAGACUCGGUUAUGGUGGUGACAGAAGCCGAGUACGAAAAAUGCCAUUCGGAUAAACCGAUUUUCACCGCUAAAGAUGGUGGCUCAGUGUUCAAAUUGGAUCGACCCGGUUUGUUCUACUUCAUUAGUGGGACUGAUGGCCACUGCGAGAAAGGGCAGAAGAUGAUCGUCAAAGUGUUGGCAUCACCAGCUGCUGCUGAAACAGAAAGCCCACCACCUUCUCAGUCAGCAAACCAGAAUGCAACUGCUGAAACACCAGCCUCUCAUGAUCAUGCGAAUCAUGUUGACAAGAAGAACAAUGCAGUUGCAAUGCAUGCUGCAGCUGCCAUCACUCUUACAACUGCUGUAAUGUCAUUUCUUGGGGCCCUUUUCUUCUAG